AUGGUCAUGGGAUCAAGUCCUAAUCACUUGGCAUUCCUUGUUUGUCUUCUGGUUCUUUUCGUCUACGUGGACGGCCAGAAAGCCAAAUCGAAUCACUGGGAGAAAGAUAGACAACGCCAUCUCCGGCCCCACAAUCUCCAUAGGCCUCCAUAUAAAGACUUUGACUGGUACAGAAAUUAUAAUCGAGAUACGGAUCCGACUCAGUUGACUCAUCCAAAGAGAACAAAACCGAAAUCAACUAUAGACAGUUCGGGUCAUUUGAAAGAAGGAAAUCAUACGUCAGAGUCUAUAGAAAGUAUAACAAAACGACCAUCUAGCGCCAAAAAAAAGAUCAAUGGGUGGACGCAUGCGGGUAAACAAACAGAGGAAGUAAUACAAAAGAUUUUUGAGCGUAAGAUUCCUAAAAAAGACAAGCUCAGAGUACUAAAGGAUUUCCUGACUGUGGCCAAAGUGAUUAGGGCGGUGAAAGACAAGGGAUCGAUAACCGAUGCUGAAAGGGCAAUGCUGACUCCGGCCCUGAUACCACUGAUUUACAAGUUUAGGUUUGCGUAUGAAACACAUUUGGACAAAAACGCCAAAGCGGCUCGUGCGUUUAAAAUCGUAGAAGAAGAGGCUAUAAAAAUGUUACACAGGCAUGAAGAUAAACACUCACAUACGCCAGAGUCUAUAGAAAAAAGUGGAACACGACGGACCGGAUACAAAAAUGUUAAGCUACACCACUAUGAACAAGCAGAGAAAAUAAUGCAUAAGAUUUUUCAGCGUUCAAUUCCUAAAAAAGAUAUGUUAGGAGUUCUUAAGAAGAUCCUCACUGUAGUUAAAGUAAUUGAUGCGGUGAAAGACAGGGGAUUUAUAACCGAUGAUGAGAGGAGAAAGCUGACUCCGAAAUUGAUAGCAGUGGUAUUCAAGUUUAAGGAUGCAUAUGCAAAAGAUUUUGAAGAACACCCCAAGGCGGCUCGCGCAUUUAAAAUCGUAUACGAUGAGGCUGUAAAAAUAUCACAGAGUCAAGCAGAUAAACCCGAGCCCAGUUACAAGUAAACUUAACUUAAAAG